CCUCAACAUGGUGAAAGAAUUUUUCAUCUUCUCUCUCUUUCUUUCUCUCUCUCUCAUUUUCAUCUGAUGAAAUUCAUUUCUUCUUUUCCAUCACUUAUCUGAUUUUAGAAUUGUAAUCAUCAUCAUGAUGUAGAUUAUCAGUGAAUUUAGUUGUUCAGUGAGUUUCUAAUUGCCUUUGACGUUUCUCCAUCUGUGCCUUGGCUCUUUCAUUAACCUUUUUCUCUUUCUUUCCAUUUUUUUUUUGUUAAUUUUUUUCUUCUAAUUGUUGAUUUUUCUCUUCUUUUUUAUAUAUUCCUUGAUAUUUAUUCUACAAAUUAUUCGUUUAACUAAAUUAGUGUGUCUUCUCUUUCUCAGUGUUAAUAUAUACUCAUUCUUAAUUGUGUCUGGUUUUUGAUGAUAACGAAUUCAUCUUUUAGUGUAACUUCAACCUUACCCUAUCACCUUCCUUUCUUAUUGUUUACCUUUUUACGGUUACAAUUGAUUUACUUUUCUAUUUGUGGAACAAAUUUUACUCUUUUAGAAAUUUUCAAUAUUCUUUUAUUGGGACUAAGAUGACAACCUCGAAAACCGGUGUUUCUAAGGAGAAAAACGAUUCUGCUGAUUCAAAAGCUCUUUGGGUUUUUGGCUAUGGUUCACUUAUUUGGAAUCCUGGUUUCAAUUAUGCAAGAAGUUCCAUUGGUUCAAUAAAGGGUUUCAAGAGACGAUUUUGGCAAGGAAAUGAUGUUCACAGAGGAACACCUGAUAAGUUGGGUCGAGUGGUAACUCUUAUCGCUGAAAAAGAGGCAAUUACUUGGGGUCGAGCUUAUCUUAUGAAAGAUGAAGAUAAAGGUAAAAGUUAUCUGGAUCAACGUGAAUGUCAAGAAGGUGGUUAUGAGGCAAAAAUGGUUCAAUUCACACCUCGGGAUGAUGAUGAUUUUUUCCCACCUUCAUCUCAAUCAUCCCAAUCAUCAUCAUUCCAAGUGCUAGUUUACAUCGCUCUCCCAACUAAUCGUUUCUUCCUUGGACCUGCACCUACAAUGACCAUUGCUUGUGAUAUUUCAUUCGCUUCCGGUGAGUGUGGUACUAAUGUUGAAUAUUUGGCUAAAUUGAUCGCUUUUAUGAGAUACAAUUGGCCGGAAGUUUGGGAUGAUCAUCUAUACGAAUUGGAAACAUUAGUGAAAAAUAUUCUUUCAAAACGUUCUCCCGGUAAAUUGAAAGAUUUUGACAAUGCGAUGAACGAUGAAGCAAAUUGUUUAUUACAAACACUUGAACGUCUCAAAUUAACUGAAUUUGAUUUUAAUUGGAGAAUUGAGAAGGAGAUUAAAUCACUAGAAUCAAGACUCAAUUUUAUCGAAUUACCAACAUCCAAAGGAGUUCGGAUAUGAAUAAGUGUAAAACAAUCACGUAACCAAAUCAAAGCCAACAAUUAGCACAAUCUAUUUUAAUUUACUAAUUCUUACACCUUAAGUGAAACAACAUCAACAAUUUAGCUGAUUCUGUGAAUUGACAAAGCAAAGAGGAAUCAAAAUCAAAUGAAACAAACCAAAUAAUGUGCUUCUAUUUAUUAUCCGACAAUUUGUUAUUCUAAUUAUUGUAAUUUUUUCUAAUCAUUAUUGUUGUUAUUGGUGAAAAUAAUGAUGAUAAUGUUAAUUUUUUGUAUCAUCAACCAUCAAAUGUAUACGAUAAGUUGUAUAUGUUGGAUCUCGGACAUUCCCUUGGCUGUGCCUCAAGUUUUGACCACAAUCCUAAUUGUUGGACAAUUAGUUUGUAUGAUUAGAUUUGGAGUGGAUUUAAAUUCAUUGAAAAGUGACACGUUUGUUUUACUAUUAUUGUCAAGUUGUAAAUCAAACUAAAAGUAACAAGAUGAACCGUGAAAACAAUCAAAUAACAAAACAAUUAAGCUUCAAUCCACUUAAUUAAAUUGUCGGACGUUGAACAAAACAAAAACAUUGAUUGAUUUACUGAUCAACCAGGAAAUUUAAAAGUAAUUUUAUCCACAAUUAAUGUUACCUUUUAAUUUUCCGGGACGAUGAUUAAAACCUAAUGAUUGAAAAAGAGUAAAGUAAAU